UAUAAUGAAGAACAAAACAACUAGCUGAACGGUAUGAAGUGAUUUUCAUUUGAAUAAACUUAUAUGAGAAAUAAAUAUGUGUAUUUAUACAAGAAGUGGUGUAGGCAUAUAUCAAUAUUUGUAUAACUUUACAUAUAUAUAGUACCGGUACUAUGAUUGGUUUAAAUAGUCUAUUAGAAUCUUUUUAAUCACUAAGUAUUAACUACAAUUUAUGUUACAAGUAUGAGAUUAUUAAAUCACAUUAGAAAUAUGACAUUUCUAAUUUACCAUAAAUUUCAUAAUUUAUUUAAUUCAAAUAAUAAAUGUUUAGCAUAUUUUAUAAUUAUCAUGUUUAUUACAAUUUUGUAUUAUUCAAUUCUAAUGAAACUAAUAAAUCUUGAAGUUAAAUAUAUAAUUGCUCCAACUUCAUCUCGGAAAUUUAUACAAUUUACUAACAAUUCAUUAUCAACAAAUUAUACUACUGAAAUUUUGACACAUCGUAUAACUAGUUCAACUCCUAUAAUUACCACUAAAACUUUUCAUCCUCAACGCCAUCAUCAUCAUCAUCGUCCACGUUAUGGUCACAGAAAAAUGAGAUUAAGAAAAGUAAAGUCUUUAAAGUCAAAAUUUCAAAUACAUUCAAGAUUAAAUUGGAAAACAAAAGAAAAUAAUCAUGUUUUUUCACAAAAUUUCUUUCCUCCAUUAUAUCUUAAUCAUUCAUUUUGUUUAAAUCAAUCAAAUUUUUAUAUUAAUAAUGAAAAAUAUAUUAAAUUAAAAAAAUAUCGACAAAUUAUAAAUUUAACUAAUGUAUUAACAUUAUUUAAUAUAAGUCAAUGGUUAAAAAUAAAGCCAAAUAUAUGUCAAUCUACUAAAAUAAAUUUAUUAAUUAUUAUAUUCUCUCCAAUGAUAGAUAAUUCAAUUCGAUAUAAAAUUCGUCAAACAUGGGGUUCAAUUAAAUAUAUUUUAAGUGAUACCAUUAUUAAUAAACAAUAUUCUAAUGGAUUAAAUAUUAUUGAACAUUUAUUUAUUGUUAAUAUUACAAAACAUAAAUUUAAACAAAAUUCAAUAAAAAUUCAAAAUCUUUUAAAUGAAGCACAAUAUGAAAAAGAUAUUUUACUUUUAUUUUUAAAUAAUUUACAAAAUAAUUUAGCUUCAUUAUAUAUUUUAACAAGUGAAUUUUUAUUAAAUUAUUGUAAAAAUUCUAUAGAUUUUGUUUUAUUUAUUAAUCAAGAUUUAUUUCCUAAUUUAAAUGCUUUAAUACAAUAUACAAAUUCAAAAUUAUUACAUUUAACAUCGAAUACAUUAAAACAAAAUAAUAAUAAUAAUAAUCCAUCUAUGUAUUGUAUACCAAUUAUACAAAAACAUGUUGAAUUUAAUAGUCGAUUUAAACAUUUAUUUAAAAAUCAUUUACCAUUAUGGCAAGGAAAUAUUUAUCCAACAUAUUGUGAUAUUAAAACUGGUGGUUUUUUAUUAUUAUUUAAAACAAUGAAACAAUGGUAUACAUGUUCACGUUUAUAUAUACCAUUUAAUCCUAUACAAGUAUAUUUAACUGGUUUUAUAAGAUAUGUAGCUAAAAUUGAUAUUGAAAAUUAUUGGAUAAAUUAUUGGUCAAUUGGUAAUCUAUUACCAAGUGUAUCAUUAAAUAAGAAAAGUAAAAAAUAUUUAUUUUUUCAAAAAUCAAUUAAUCAAAAUAGUCGAGUAUGGAAAAGUGUAUUUCGUGCAACAUUGAGUUGA